GAUAAUGUGAUAGUAGAUAGACCCCUGUCGAGGAUGGUUCACAGGCCAGAGACAUAUCGAAAGAUGAUGUCGAAUUGGCAGAUGGGGGAUUCGUAUUAUUCAUAUUGAGAGCACUCAAGCAUUUCUGCAAUUGCUCCACCUCUUUCGAAACUCUAGCACCCCCUACUUCGAAAUACGGCCUAGCGUUGGCCCAUUCUGCUUUCCAAUUCUCCAAGGCUCUUGAAAUGGCGUUGGUCGCUUGGACAAAUUUAGGAUAUUCCACAUUGCGGACUCGGCUCUCGUACGCUUCGUCCAUGCAAUGGCACAGGUCCCCAAAAUACGGCACAACUUCUUCAAAGGGUAUCUCUUCCCUGCCACCCUCGGGAACUAAUACGCAGCCUUCGCAGCUACUCUCGCCCUCCUCCAACCGCCUUCGUUCCAGAACCCGCAUAAGACUCGCGCCAUAUUCUAUAUCCUCAAACAAAGAAUUUUCAAUCAAGCUCCAGGUCUCCCUCAAACGCAAGAUAGGUGGGGAAAGAAUGGCCAUCGUCACUGCCAUGUAUCCAGCCAUAUCGCCCCUCUUCCGUAGCAAAUUGGCAACCUUCAGCCAUUGGGAAAGAACAGUUGCACGGCGAUCCACAGACAAAGCUGAAUCCCCAGAUAAAACCUGGGAUAACACCCUAUCCCCAAGGAAAUGCAUAUUGGAAGUUGUGAAUAUCAAAGGGUUACGAUGCACGGGUGGUGGUAAGUGUGGGGAAGCAAGUAAGAGGGAGAUAUCGUUCUCGGGAUUCCACACUCUCAAAUACCUCAAAUGGAACAAAUGAACCUGUGCGGCGAAUAUCUCU